CCUCUAAUGAGUGAUUCUUGUAGUUCUGCCUAGUUUCAUAGCCUAUGGGGAAGUAAAUCUUUGGGGACCGAAGUAAAUGUGGGGUCGAAGUUAAAUGGACGAGGGAAGCUCAUGGAUGUUCGGGCUUCUCCACUCCACAUUGGACCGCUCCGUCUGCGACACGUGAAUCAUUAUCAGCGACUCCGGCUCCGGCGUGGCUGCGGGACACUGUCUAUGAUUCAACUGUUUACUAGUGGAGCAUCGCACCUCCGCUUGCAUCCCUCUGCUCCGUGUUGGCCUUCGCCUUAUAGAUCCCCGUUCGCCGCAACUGGCAUCAUCUCCUGUCUCGGUGUUAUGGAACAGGUAUCAUGGGGCGGUUGCUACACUGUUCAGGCUUGAAUUCGGUCGCGGGCUUGCGCAUCUCACUCGCGCCGCACUGCCUCUCUCUCUGCAUUUAUUGCUGCGUUCGGAGCAGGCCAUUGGCAGUGCCCAAAUCAAGCUUUGAAACUAAACCCCUCCAAUCAUUUCUAGCUACAUACAUAUAUAUAUAUACCCCUAUAUGUUGGAUGCCCCUCAAUCUUCCUGCCUUACCUUGGUUGUCCACUGCGAACGACGCAUCUCGCAUAACAGGCCGACGAGCGGUAAUUGGGCCCUGCAACUCCACAACUCAAUUUGUCUCCACGUCACCUACAAUGAUUGCUCACAGUGCAACUUCCACAAUUAAGGGGUCUUCAUCGUUCGACCGCUUUCAUCAUCACUCGCCCCAACCCGUAGAGAUUAGAACCGAGACACUAAAUCACUCGGCGUACUACUCUAAUCAUCCAUCGCUGCAGUCAGCCGACGAUCACUUGUGUUCGGGAGACCAAGAUGCGGACCCACGAGGCAAUCCAUCCAUGUAUGGAAGGGUCAAAAGGGGGGGCUCCCCAUUCGUAUUUGAAUCACAACCCGAUGUCCAGCUCGCCCUGCAUGAGUCGCUGAGCCGAUCACAAGGUGGGGAGCCGUGGCGCCAUUCGCAGCACUGCCAACCCGCUGUCGCGCCAUCCUCCGAUCAGCGAACAUCAUCCGAUUCCCGAGAAGAAUAUUACCUCUCUGUUACAGAGAUGCUUGGGGAGUGGGUCGAGGAGAAGGGAGUUUUGGGGAUGGCGUUGGAGGUUUCGCUCCUUGGGCUAUGUCUGCAAUAUUUUGUGAGGGAAUGAUGGAUAACUGGGAUGAUGGUAAAAUGAUUAUCUCAAGAUUUAUUUUUGAUAAUGUUUGUGAUGCUAGCUACCAUGAUGGAUAUAAUUCUACUAGGCCGAGUAGCAUUGGGCUGCCGGUUUUAC